AUGGAUUUAGUACAACAGAUAAACAAUUGUGAAGAUAAUGCAGAGCUAGAUGAGUUGAAAAAGCAAGUCAGCAUUCUUAAUCAAGCCACAUAUGGCGAGCUACCGUCUUUUGAGCGCAAAAAGCUAUACAAUAGUAUCCAAGAGGCAAACAAGGCUAUAGAAGCAGCAGACAACCGGAUCAACGUGGACUACUUUCGAUUUGAAGGAGAACCACAACCGCCACUGAUUCUCAAGCAGCAGGAAGUGAAGAAAAGCUCAAAUCUUAAUGUUGUGCUGAAGCAAGUUUCCCAGAUUAGGAAUCAAACGCUUGACUUGGACGAGCUUCUAGGCGCAGGUCACGCCAAUAUCAAUACCAUAGAGUCUUCUACGAUAAGCAACGACAAGGUCUGGCCAGGCUCGGUACGUCUUGAGAAUGUCAGAGAUUCAACGAUCAUCCUUAAUACUACGGGGCCUCUUAUGGCUCGUGACAUGACUCUGAGCGUUCUCAAGGUAAAAAGUCACCAGCUACGGCUCCACAAUAUCACCAAUUGCGAGGUUUAUGUGGAGAAGGGGCCAGUUGUUAUGGAAGGAUGUCUGGGGAUAAAGAUUGGGGUACUCAAGGAAGGUAAGCUAUGUGGGGACAAGGAGAUCGAAGUGUUUGACUUUUCGUGGCCUGGCGGGGCAAAGAACCCCAACUUCGAGUACAUCCGUGGGGUAUGA